GAGGGGAGCGGGCAGGGCCGCGGGGAGGGGAGCGGGCAGGGCCGCGGGGAGGGGAGCGGGCAGGGCCGCGGGCAGACCGAGGACAUGCCGCGGGAGCCGAGCCCCGAGUGAGGAGAGCCGGGCGGCGGAGGGGAGCAGCGCCAUGUCCCUCGGCGCACCCACGAGCAGCGACGCCUGCCUGAGCAUCGUGCACAGCCUGAUGUGCCACCGGCAGGGCGGGGAGAACGAGACCUUUGCCAAGCGGGCCAUCGAGAGCCUCGUCAAGAAGCUCAAGGAGAAGAAGGACGAGCUCGACUCGCUCAUCGCCGCCAUCACCACCAACGGCGCCCACCCCAGCAAGUGCGUCACCAUCCAGCGCACCUUGGACGGGCGGCUCCAGGUGGCCGGCAGGAAGGGGUUCCCUCACGUCAUCUACGCCCGGCUCUGGCGUUGGCCCGACCUACAUAAAAACGAGCUGAAACACGUCAAAUUCUGCCAAUUUGCCUUCGAUCUCAAGUACGACAGCGUCUGCGUCAACCCCUACCACUACGAGCGCGUGGUGGCCCCUGCCAUCGGUCUGAGCAUCCAGAGCACAGUGCCCCCCACGCGCCUGGUGAAGGAGGAGUUUGUCCAUGACUGUGUGCAGAUGGAGGUGCCACCCGGCCGGGAGCAGGGGGCCAAGCGGGCGCCGCGUCUGCCCCCCGCCGAGCCCUACCACCAGCCGCUGCCCCCCCUGCAGCUCCCCGAGUCCCCCCGCGUCCCCGGGAGCCUCUACCCCACGCUGCCCAUGUCACCCCCAGUGGCCCCCGGCAGCUCCCUGCUCUCGCUGCCCCACGGCGAGGGGCUGCUGCAGAUCGCCUGCCCCACGCCUCCCCCAGCCACCCCGGCGCAGCCCCCCCCGCAGAACGGCUACCGCAAGCUGCCCUACCACAGUUCGCCAGCGAGCUGGAGCGGUGCAGCCGUCUACGCACCGAGCCUGGGGGGGCCACAGCCCACGCCCCCACCGCAGUCCAGCAGCCAGAGCCACCCGCAGCCCCCGCUCCACCACCCCAACCACUACUGGCCCCCACUCCAUAGCUCCGGGCCGUACCAGCAACCGGUGUCCACCCACCCCGGGCCGGAGUUUUGGUGCUCCAUCGCCUACUUUGAGAUGGACGUGCAGGUGGGGGAGAUCUUCAAGGUGCCAUCCAGCUGCCCCGUGGUCAUCGUGGACGGUUACGUGGACCCCUCAGGGGGGGACCGCUUCUGCCUGGGGCAGCUCUCCAACGUGCACCGCACCGACGCCAGCGAGCGGGCCCGGCUGCACAUCGGGAAGGGCGUGCAGCUGGAGUGCCGGGGCGAGGGCGACGUGUGGAUGCGGUGCCUGAGCGACCACGCCGUCUUCGUGCAGAGCUACUACCUGGACCGGGAGGCGGGAAGAGCCCCCGGGGAUGCCGUGCACAAGAUCUACCCUGGUGCCUACAUCAAGGUAUUUGACCUGCGCCAGUGCCACCGCCAGAUGCAGCAGCAAGCAGCCACGGCCCAGGCUGCGGCCGCUGCUCAGGCUGCCGCCGUGGCUGGCAACAUCCCGGGGCCCGGCUCGGUGGGAGGCAUCGCGCCCGCCGUGGGGCUUUCGGCGGCGGCGGGGAUCGGCGUGGACGACCUGCGGCGGUUGUGCAUCCUGCGGCUGAGCUUCGUCAAGGGUUGGGGGCCCGACUACCCCCGGCAGAGCAUCAAGCACACACCGUGCUGGAUAGAGGUGCACCUUCACCGCGCCCUGCAGCUGCUGGACGAGGUCCUGCACACCAUGCCCGCUGCCGAACCGGGCCCCUUGCGCUAACCCCCACCCCUCUUAAUUUAAUUUUUGUAAGAAAAAGCCAAAAAAAAAAAAAGAAAAAAAAAGAAAAAGCAGAAAGCACCAAAAAC